GUCAAGAGAUGGCGAAGGACGGAAAUUGUUUUUUUAUUUGAUUGUUAUGUUUAAAGUGCGACUAAAAAUUAUUAUUCUUAAUUAAAAAUGAGAAUGUUGAAUAUAAACGGAAUUGUUUUUUAUUUAUAACAUAGAAAAAGUUAUGUUUUUAGUGAAUUCGUUUGUAGGGAAAGAAAAUCAUUGUUGUUAUUUGUUUCAACAAAGCAAGUCUAUGAUUACAAGUAAAUUUUAACAUGAAUUAAUUUACGUGCAUUGUGUCUUAAGUUUAUUUAUUGUGAGAAUUAUUUGUUGUAAUGUAAAUAAAAAAUAUUGUUUGCACGCGCAUGCGUUUUUAUCGAAAACAGACAAAGGUUUUGUGUAGUUUGAAAAUCAGCUGUGUGUGCAAUGACUUAGUGAUACCAAAAGUGUGUGUUUGUAAGCGACAAUGUUUAGUGAAAUUGGAUACACAAUUUUUCUACUACUUGCCCUGCCAUACAUAGAAAGCGCAUCACGCCGUCUUAGCGAAUACGUGGAGCACUACGAGCCGCUCGACUACAAUGCGGACGAAGUGCACAUACAGCACCUGCGCGCGCGCCGCUCGACGGAGCCACAGGAGCUGCGUCUCAGUUUCCGCGCGCACGGCCGCCGCUUCCACAUGCGGCUGCGGCGUGACGCGUCAGCGUUCAGUGAGGACUUUAGGGUCGAAGGCUCACAGGGACAGCUUCACGACGUGGACACAUCACACAUAUACAAAGGGGAGGUGGUUGGUGAUCCCCGGUCCGAGGUGUUCGGUUCGGUGACGGACGGCGUCUUCGAGGGGAAGAUCAUGUUGAGCGACGGCUCCUUCUACGUGGAGCACGCGAAGAGAUACUUCCCUCAGAAUAGCACGCGGGGUCGCGUGCAUUCUGUUAUCUAUAAGGAGAGUGACGUCAUCGACCCGUACGCACAUAGAAGACACGGUCACGUCGGCGGAUGCGGCGUGACUGACGAAGUGGUGCAAUGGAUGGAGAGCAUCCAGAAUUCGGGCGUGGACGACGAGCCGGUCGCUUCGCCCGCGCCCGCUUCGCCCGCGUCCUCCACGCGGACCUACCACCACGCGUCCUCGCCGGUGCCAUCGCACCCGAACAGCUUGCGAGACGAUCCGCCGAGGCACUGGGAACACCACCACCACAAUAAAUACUCGCGGGCGGCGAACACCGCGGAGCACUCGCGCGCGAAGCGAGCGACCGAGUCCAAAGUGAAGAACACGUGCUCGCUGUACAUACAGACCGAUCCGCUCAUAUGGAAGCACGUCAGGGAAGGCUUUCCUGAUCACAGCGACCGCAGCAAGAAGAACGAGAUCGACAUGAAGACGCGCGAAGAGAUACUGUCGCUUAUCUCGCACCACGUGACCGCCGUCAACUACAUCUACCGCGACACCAAGUUCGACGGGCGUCGGGAGCACAGGAACAUACAGUUCGAGGUGCAGAGGAUCAAGAUCGACGACGACUCAGCGUGCAAGAAGCACCCGUUCGCAACAGAAACCAACCAGUUCUGUUGGGAGAACAUUGACGUCUCGAACUUUCUGAAUCUACACUCGCUGGGCAAUCACGAGGACUUCUGCCUGGCGUACAUGUUCACCUAUAGGGACUUCACGGGCGGGACGCUGGGUCUAGCCUGGGUGGCCAGCGCGAGCGGGGCGUCCGGGGGUAUCUGCGAAAAGUACAAAACGUACACCGAGACGACGGGCGGGCUGUACCAGAGCACCAAGAGGUCACUCAACACCGGCAUCAUCACGUUCGUGAAUUACAACAGCCGAGUGCCGCCCAAGGUCAGCCAGCUUACGUUGGCCCAUGAGAUUGGACAUAAUUUUGGAUCGCCGCACGACUACCCGUCGGAGUGCCGGCCGGGCGGGCAGCAGGGCAACUACAUAAUGUUCGCGUCGGCGACGUCGGGCGACCGGCCCAACAACAGCCGCUUCUCGGCGUGCUCCGUGAGCAACAUCAGCGGCGUGCUGGACGCCGUGCGCGACGGCCGCAAGCGCGACUGCCUCAAGGAGAGCGCCGGCGCCUUCUGCGGGAACAAGAUCGUCGAGGUGGGCGAGGAGUGCGACUGCGGUUACGACGAAAUCGAGUGCAAGGACCGAUGCUGUUAUCCGCGACAAGUGAGUCAGUUCGACCUGGAACGCAACAUGUCCGCCAAGGGGUGCCAGCGCAGGGCUAAUACACAGUGCAGCCCGUCGCAGGGGCCGUGCUGCCACGCGCAGACGUGCCAGUUCGUGCUCGCGUUCCGCAACCAGACGUGCCGCGAGGCGAGCGAGUGCAGCCACGCGUCCGUCUGCUCGGGCCGCUCGCCCGACUGCCCCGAGCCGCGCGCGCUGCCCGACCACACGCACUGCAACAAUGGCACGCAGCUGUGCAUCAAGGGCGAGUGCAGCGGCUCGAUCUGCCUCGCGUGGAACAUGAAGGAGUGCUUCCUGUCGUCGUCGCCGACGCGCGUGGGCGACGGCGUCACGGCGGUGGUGGACCGGCGCGCGCUGUGCCAGCUCGCCUGCCAGACGGGCCCGCGUGCCGACUCGUGCCGCAGCACGGCCGAGUUCGCGGCGCAGGUCGGCCUGCCGCCCGGCGGCAUCAGCCUGCGCCCCGGCUCGCCGUGCGACAACUUCCAGGGCUACUGCGACGUGUUCCUCAAGUGCCGAGCGGUGGACGCGGAGGGCCCGCUGGUGCGGCUGAAGAACCUGCUGCUGAACAAGGACACGCUGCUUAGCCUGCAGGAGUGGGUCACGGAGAAGUGGUGGGCGGUGCUCAUCGGCGGCGUCGCGCUCGUCGUGCUCAUGGGCGCCUUCGUCAAGUGCUGCGCCGUGCACACGCCCAGCUCCAACCCCAAGCGCCCGCCCGCCAGGCGCCUGUCGGAGACGCUGCGGCGGCCGAUGAACACGCUGCGGCGCAUGCGCGGCGCGGGGGGCGGGGGCGGCGCGGGCGGCGCGGAGGCGCGGCGCGCGGCGCCCGGCCCGCGCCCCGGCCACCGCCGCGCGCGCAACCACAAGGGCUACGCGCCGCCGCUCGCCUACUCCGCGAGGGAUAUCGCGCCCGUAGCCGGCGCGGGGCCGAGCCGGCGCGAGCCGUACGCGAACGCGUACCCGCAGGCGUACGAGAUGCGGCCCGCGCACAAGGUCUGACCCAGCCCGCUGCUGCCGCUGCUGCUGCUGCUGCACGCGGGCGCGCCCCGCCAGCGCCGCCAGCGCCACUAGCGCGCCGUGCCUGCGCACGCGUGUGUUGGGCACGCACGCACUUGUAUGCGCCGUCA